AUGCAGCGUCUUAUAACCGGCAGCUUCGUUCUCGUUGCCCUUUUCUCCAUAGCGCAUGCGGCAACCACCGUCUGCUAUAACCCAGACGGUACUCAGACGGUGAAAGAUACUUAUUCUCCAUGUUUUCCCACCACCAACGUGACGCACUGCUGUCCAGAGGACUCAACUUGUCUCAAAAAUGGGCUGUGCCUGAUGAAGAACGACACUACCCUCAACACUGGUCUAUGCACGGACAGUACAUGGCAGGAUGAUGCCUGCUUCCCACGCUGCCUAACAUCCCAACGCAAACCCGGCCCAAGUUCGCUCUAUCGCUGCAGCAACCAUAAUUGGUGUUGUUCGGAUGGUGCCUCCAAUGCCACCUCCUGUUGCCGAGACGAAGGCGUCAAGCUAUUCCCAAUCAUUGCACACGCAGCAGUGGAAAAUGGCUCAGCUUUUUUGCAUGGCUACAGCAUCGCACCCAUCGCCAGCAUCAUUACAAAUGGCGCAUUGGCCUCGAGCACGGCUCUGCAGACAGUGACCUUCACGACGGACAUAUCUGGGUCACCGAUCACCAUCACGGCGACAACGACUGGCGACCCUAACCCUGUAGCCAUCAGGGAGGUCAACAGCUCCAGUGCGAGUCUCUCUACUGGACUGGGUACUGGACUGGGGGUCGGUGUCCCUCUCCUCGCAGUUAUCGGUUUCCUCUCAUUUCUACUCUUCAGAGAGAAGAAACGUCACCGGGCCACCCUCGAAUCUAUGUCCAGCAACGACGGCUAUCCACUUGUAACCCAUCAUCAAACAAUGUUACCCGGACAGUAUCAAGUCGCAUCUGGUAGCUCUGAGGACCAAUCACCCUAUCCCAUGCCGCACCCUGCUGAAGUCGAUUCGCGGGAGACGAAAGUUGCGCGUCUAGAACUUCCGGCUUCAUAA